UUAUCUAUCUCAUUAAAUAAUAUAUAACAUUUCUAACUGAAAAGUUUGUGUUUAUCAUAUUAUUACAGGAAAUCAUAAGAUUUUUACACUUGAGUAUCAGAUAAGACUUAUCUCUUAGAUAUGAUUUGCUAAAGAUAAAUCUGCUAGUUGAACUUUGAAACUGAAAUAAAGCAGUAAUGAAUGAAACAGACAUCUUGUUGCUCAAUGAAUUACAACAAAAAUAUAAAGUAGUAAUAAAAAAUGUAAAAUAUUUUAAUUAUUUAUAUAAUGGUCAUAUUAUAAAAUGAGAUGUUUAUACAGUGCAAAUGGAUUUUAAUAUAUGAUAUAGUUAUUGUGUGGCUUUUAUAUUCUAAUACAAUAUGUGCAACAAACGCAAAAAAUGUAGCAAAUUUUGCUGGCGUUGUGGAAAAUAUUACAGUGUACGUUUUAGAAGAUAAAAAUUAUUUCAAAAGCGACAAUGAUCUAAAAUCAUUAAAAUUGAAUAUAUCUUGGAUACCACCAAAUGAAGGAAAACAACCUGAAUCAUACAGCAUUAUGAUUACAAGUAUGUUAAAAGAAACCGAUAUAAAUAAAACAGAAUGUACAGAAGGUUCUGCGCUCUACAGAGCACGAAAUAAAAGUCCUUUUAAUAUGCUAGUGCCACAAAAUAAAUUAUUGAAUGGUAUGCCGGAGAUACAAAUACAUUUAAAUUGUACAUACAAGAUAUUUGUAUAUGCCAAUCCGAGAGCCAAACCCACAGGAAAAUCAUCAGAGGUCAUCUAUAGAGUUCCAGAAUGUAUAGGACAUAAAUGCAGUUGCAAGGAGGCAAAAUCUAUCUUGCCUAUUCCAAAAGUAGAAGUAAUCCGAAUAAAAGAAAGUGUUGUUAUUAAUUGGAAUAUUACGUCAAACAGUUCUCACAUUCAUUCUUAUGUAAUUAGUGUUGGCAUACCAUUAUUAAUAUCAAAAGCGGGACAUUCUGUGUAUAAUAUCACAAAGCUAAAUAACGUGAAUUCUACAACAAAUACUUUUAAUUGGGAUAUGCGAGUCAAUAAUGAGUAUAUAAAAAUAAAGAAUGGAUACAAAAUAUUGGUGGCUGCAAUGGAUUAUCGAGGUUGCUUAGGAACUCAAGGUUUCACUAUUAUCAAUACGAGCAAAACUAAAAUAUUAGAUGGGAGUACCAUGUGGCUAUUACUUGUCAUUGUUGCCAUUUGUGUUAUAUUAGGCUUUAUCAUUGUGUCAAUACAUAAUAAAAAUGGAAAUCAACUUAUAUUGUCAUUUAGACGGUAAAGUAAAAAGUUUAUCAACUGUUUUUAUACAAGAUUGAGCAAUUAAAAUAUUAUAAACUAUUAUCUCUGGGCUGCGUUCCAAAAUUUAUUUGGAUAAUCAAAACUCUAUAGUUAACGUGACGUAAACUAUAGAGUUUUGGUUACUCGAGUAAAUUUUGGAACGCAGCCCUCAAAGUAUACGCCAUAGCAAAAAAUGUUUCAAACAAAAAUUGUAUGAUCUGAAGGGAACAAAUAAUUUUUGAAAAAAAUCAAUCUUGAAGGUCACAUGGAGAUCACUGCUAUUUUUUUAAGUGGAAUUUAUAUGAUUUUUUAAAUAAAUGGUUCCAGGCUCAUCCACUCUUGUUCGCUACUAUUUGUUCACUAUUAUUUAUCCUUCUUCAGAUCAUAUAAUUUUUCUUAAAAUAUUUUUUGCUAUGUAUAUUCCAGGAUAAUAAAUUAUAAUGCUUUGAUUGCUCCUGUAUAUGUACACAGUAAUUAUUGUAUAUAUAUUAUAGCAAAUAUAAAUUUUUUAU